GCGCCCCCGCCGCCCGCCGCCCGCCGCCCCGGCCCGCGGGCCCCCGUCCCUGAUCCGCGCGGGGCCGGCGCCGCGGCACCAUGGCCGGCCAGGGGGACUGCUGCGUCAAGGUGGCCGUCAGGAUCCGACCGCAGCUGUCCAGAGAGAAGAUUGAGGGCUGCCACAUCUGCACCUCCGUCACCCCAGGGGAGCCCCAGGUCCUCCUGGGGAAGGACAAGGCCUUCACCUAUGACUUUGUCUUUGACCUGGACACCUGGCAGGAGCAGAUCUAUGCUACCUGCGUGAGCGAGCUCGUGGAGGGCUGCCUCGAGGGCUACAAUGCCACGGUGCUGGCCUACGGGCAGACGGGGGCCGGGAAGACAUACACGAUGGGCACUGGCUUCGACGUGGCCGCGGCGGAGGCGGAGCAGGGCAUCAUCCCCAGGGCCAUCGCGCACCUCUUUGGGGGCAUUGCCGAGCGCCGGCGGCGGGCACGGGAGCAGGGCUUGGCGGGGCCCGAGUUCAAAGUCAGUGCCCAGUUCCUGGAGCUCUACAACGAGGAGAUCCUUGACCUCUUCGACAGCGCCCGCGACCCUGACGCCCGCCACCGCAGGUCCAACAUCAAGAUCCACGAGGACGCCAACGGUGGCAUCUACACCACGGGCGUCACCUCCCGCCUCAUCAGCUCCCAGGAGGAGCUGGUCCAGUGCCUGAAGCAGGGCGCCCUGUCGCGCACCACGGCCAGCACCCAGAUGAACGUGCAGAGCUCCCGCUCCCACGCCAUCUUCACGAUCCACGUGUGCCAGAUGCGCCUGUGCGCCCGGCCUGCCCUGGUGAGCGAGGCCGCGGCCGGGCUUCCCGAUGGCACCGCUCCCGCGGGCGAGUACGAGACCCUGACCGCCAAGUUUCACUUCGUGGACCUGGCUGGCUCAGAGCGGCUGAAGCGGACGGGCGCCACGGGCGAGCGGGCCAAGGAGGGCAUCUCCAUCAACUGUGGCCUGCUGGCCUUGGGCAACGUGAUCAGCGCCUUGGGGGACCAGAGCAAGAAGGUGGUGCACGUGCCCUACAGGGACUCCAAGCUCACCCGGCUCCUCCAGGACUCACUGGGCGGCAACAGCCAGACCAUCAUGAUCGCCUGCGUCAGCCCCUCGGACCGGGACUUCAUGGAGACGCUCAACACGCUCAAGUACGCCAACCGGGCCCGUAACAUCAAGAACAAGGUGGUGGUGAACCAAGACAAGACCAGCCAGCAGAUCAGCGCGCUGCGGGCCGAGAUCGCACGGCUGCAGAUGGAGCUGAUGGAGUACAAGGCGGGCAAGAGGGUCAUCGGGGAGGACGGCGCCGAGGGCUACAGCGACCUGUUUCGGGAGAACGCGAUGCUGCAGAAGGAGAACGGGGCGCUGCGCCUGCGGGUCAAGGCCAUGCAGGAGGCCAUUGACGCCAUCAACAGCCGCGUCACCCAGCUCAUGAGCCAGGAGGCCAGCCUGCUCCUGGCCAAGGCCGGAGACGGCAACGAGGCCAUCGGUGCCCUGAUCCAGAACUACAUCCGGGAGAUCGAGGAGCUGCGGACCAAGCUCCUGGAGAGCGAGGCCAUGAACGAGUCCCUGCGUCGCAGCCUCGCGCGGGCCUCGGCCCGGGGCCCCUACUCCCUGGGCGCGUCCCCGGCCACCCCGACCAGCUCCGUGGAGGAUGCCUCUGAGGUCAUCCGCCGAGCCAAGCAGGACCUGGAGCGGCUCAAGAAGAAGGAGGUCAGGCAGCGGAGAAAGAGCCCAGAGAAGGAGGCCUUCAAAAAGAGGGCGAAACUCCAGCAGGAGAACAGCGAGGAGACUGAUGACAACGAGGCCGAGGAGGAGGACGAGGAGCGGGAGGAGAGCGGCUGCGAGGAGGAGGAGGGCCGGGAGGACGAGGACGAGGACUCGGGCAGCGAGGAGAGCCUGGUGGACUCGGACUCCGACCCCGAGGAGAAGGAGGUGAACUACCAGGCGGACCUGGCCGACCUCACGUGCGAGAUCGAGAUCAAGCAGAAGCUGAUCGACGAGCUAGAGAACAGCCAGCGGCGGCUGCAGACGCUCAAGCACCAGUACGAGGAGAAGCUGAUCCUGCUGCAGAACAAGAUCCGGGACACGCAGCUGGAGCGCGACCGCGUGCUGCAGAACCUCAGUACCAUGGAGUGCUACACGGAGGAAAAAGCCAACAAGAUCAAGGCCGACUAUGAGAGGCGGCUGCGGGAGAUGAACCGGGACCUGCAGAAGCUGCAGGCAGCGCAGAGGGAGCACGCGCGGCUGCUCAAGAACCAGUCCCGCUACGAGAGGGAACUCAAGAAGCUGCAGGCUGAGGUGGCCGAGAUGAAGAAGGCCAAGGUGGCUCUGAUGAAGCAGAUGCGGGAGGAGCAGCAGCGGCGGCGGCUGGUGGAGACCAAGAGGAACCGGGAGAUCGCGCAGCUCAAGAAGGAGCAGCGGCGGCAGGAGUUUCAGAUCCGAGCCCUGGAGUCCCAGAAGCGGCAGCAGGAGAUGGUCCUGAGGAGGAAAACCCAGGAGGUUUCUGCACUGAGGCGACUGGCCAAGCCCAUGUCUGAGCGGGUGGCCGGGCGCGUGGGGCCGAAGCCACCCCUGCUGGACUCGGGGGCCGAGGUGUCGGCCAGCACCACCUCGUCUGAGGCCGAGUCGGGGGCGCGCUCCGUCUCCAGCAUCGUGCGCCAGUGGGACCGCAAGAUCGGCCCCUUCCUGGGCCACCACCCCGCGCCCGCCACGCCCGGCGCGCGCCCUGCCAGAAGGAAGUUCCAGAAGAAGGGGGCCAGCCAGAGCCUCAGCAGGGCCGCCCGGCUCAAGUGGCAGGCGCUGGAGCGGAGGACCGUGGGCGUCGUGGCGCAGAGGAUGGCCAUCGUCAACCUGGAGGCCGACAUGGAGCGGCUCAUCCAGAAAAGGGAGGAGCUGUUCCUCCUGCAGGCGGCUCUGCGCAGGAAGCGGGAGCGGCUGCAGGCCGAGAGCCCGGAGGAGGAGAAGGGGCUGCAGGAGCUGGCCGAGGAGAUGGAGGCGCUGGCGGCCAACAUCGACUACAUCAACGACAGCAUCGGCGACUGCCAGGCCACCAUCGUGCAGCUGGAGGAGACCAAGGAGGAGCUGGACUCCACGGACACGUCGGUGGUCAUCAGCUCCUGCUCCCUGGCCGAGGCCCGCCUCCUGCUGGACAACUUCCUCAAGGCGUCCAUCGACAAGGGGCUGCAGGUGGCCCAGAAGGAGGCCCAGAUCCGGCUGCUGGAGGGACGGCUGAGGCAGACAGACAUAGCGGGCUCCUCGCAGAAUCACCUGCUCCUGGACGCCCUGCGGGAGAAGGCCGAGGCCCAUCCCGAGCUGCAGGCCCUGAUCCACAACGUGCAGCAGGAGAACGGCUACGCCAGCACCGAUGAGGAGGCGUCCGAGUUCUCGGAGGGGAGCGUCUCCCAGUCAUUCACCAUGAAAGGCUCCACAAGCCAUGACGACUUCAAGUUCAAGGGUGAGCCCAGGCUCUCGGCCCAGAUGAAGGCCGUGUCGGCCGAGUGCCUGGGGCCCCCGCUGGACGUGUCUACCAAGAACAUCACCAAGUCCCUGGCCUCCCUCGUGGAGAUCAAAGAGGACGGAGUGGGCUUCUCCGUCCGAGACCCCUACUCCCGGGACAAGGUCUCUCGGACCAUCAGCCUGCCCACAAGAGGGAGCACUUUCCCCCGGCAGUCUCGAGGCGCAGACACGUCUCCUCUGACCAGGAGGAAGUCAUAUGACCGAGGGCAGCCCAUCAGGUCCACAGACGCGGGCUUCACGCCCCCCUCGUCCCCUCCCACGCGGCCCCGCAACGACCGGAACGUCUUCUCUCGUCUCACCAGUAACCAGAGCCAGGGGUCAGCGCUGGACAAGUCCGAUGACAGCGACUCCUCUUUGUCGGAGGUCCUGAGGGGUGUCAUCAGCCCUGUCGGAGGAGCCAAGGGCGCGAGGACGGCCCCGCUGCAGUGCGUCUCCAUGGCCGAGGGCCACACCAAGCCCGUCCUCUGCCUGGACGCCACGGACGAGCUGCUCUUCACAGGGUCCAAAGACCGCAGCUGUAAGAUGUGGAACUUGGUGACGGGGCAGGAGAUCGUGGCUCUGAAGGGGCACCCCAACAACGUGGUCUCCAUCAAGUACUGCGGCCACUCCGGGCUCGUGUUCUCCGUGUCCGCCUCCUACAUCAAGGUGUGGGACAUCCGGGACUCGGCCAAGUGCGUCCGGACCCUCACGUCCUCGGGCCAGGUGGUCUCAGGGGACGCCUGUGCGGCCGCGUCCACCCGCACCAUCACCAGCGCCCAGGGAGAGCACCAGAUCAACCAGAUCGCCCUCAGUCCCUCGGGCAGCAUGCUGUACGCCGCCUCGGGCAACGCCGUCCGCGUCUGGGAGCUCAGCAGGUUCCAGCCCAUCGGCAAGCUCACCGGCCACAUCGGCCCUGUCAUGUGCCUGACCGUCACCCAGACCGCCAGCCAGCACGACCUGGUGGUGACCGGCUCCAAGGACCACUACGUUAAGAUGUUCGAGCUGGGCGAGGGUGUGACGGGCACCGUCGGGCCCACCCACAACUUCGAGCCCCCGCACUACGACGGCAUCGAGUGUCUGGCCAUCCAGGGGGAUGUCCUGUUCAGCGGCUCCCGGGAUAACGGCAUCAAGAAGUGGGACCUGGAGCAGCAGGAGCUCGUGCAGCAAAUCCCCACGGCGCACAAGGACUGGGUGUGCGCCCUGGCCUUCGUCCCGGGCCGCCCCAUGCUGCUCAGCGCCUGCCGUGCGGGCGUCGUCAAGGUUUGGAACGUGGACAGCGUCACGCCCGUCGGCGAGAUCAAAGGCCACGACAGCCCCAUCAACGCCGUCUGUGCCAACGCCAGGCACAUCUUCACCGCCUCCAGUGACCUGACGGUGAAGUUCUGGAGCGCCCGGCGCCUGCGCAGCGGCCCCCGCUAGGAGCGAGGUCAGAGGACAGCCCGGCCCCCGGCCCGGCAGCCUGGAUGCACAGAGGGGGUUCUGGGGCCCAAACCCUGGGGACCGAGGGAGGGGCCCUCGUGCCCUCCUUCCACUCCCCGAACUUUGCGCGGGAUACUGCCCCCUCCGUCUGCUGCCUCUUGGAGGCAGGGAGGUCGGGGAGAAGAUGAAGCUGUGACGCCAAAGGGCGUGUCCCCUCGUUUCGCUCCCUGCAGCAUCCCCCCUCUUCCCAGACUGGCCCCGUGCUCUCUUGCCAGGCUGGCCACACCCUUCCUCCAGCCCUGGCCCCGGGGGGCCUGUCGUGGAGGCGGGGGGCCCUCGUCAUGCCCCUCCACCCAGCGGGCCUCCUCUACAUCCCCCGGCCCAGCCACCGCACCUGCCUCUGAGCCCAGGAGAUAGCCCUCAGGUAACCAUGGAAACCAGGUGUGGGCAGCUGGCCCUGCCGCUGACCUCAGCCCCUCGGCCACGAGUGGCCACUCCCCGUGGACCCCAGCGAUUCCUUGGGUCCCUUUCUGAAGGGGCCACGGCGGAGCUGCUAGGAAGAUUCCUUUGGGGAGAUGGUCAGAAGACUCCAGUUCUUUAAUUUAUUUUUGUUAUUUUUAUUUUUGCCGUUGCCUCCUGGAAACUGACUUGAUGUUUCUUCCCACACGUUCGCGCCCUCAGCUCUUAGGGGCCAGGAGUCCCGAGGCGGGUCGGCCCCCGCCCUCCAGGGCCGCCCCCGUUCACUUUGCAGAGGCGUGCCCCUUUGCCUCUGCAGCCCGGGCCCUCCCGACGUCGCCCCGGGGCCGCUCCAGAGCCCCCGCCUCCAGCCGCCGGGCACGUCCGUGCCUUCACACGCGAGGCCUGGCGCCCACUGGGGCAGCCUUACACCAGCCACGCCCGCAGCGCCACGUGUGUCCUCGCGCCCGCGGGGUCUCCCGCUCCCAGAGCCCGCGUGGGCCACGUAGGAAGCAGCUCGGAAGACGGUCCCCCAGGAAGGGGCUUGGGCGUGCGCCCGGCCUGGCCCCUCCCCGGCCCCCCCGCAUCUCCCCCCCGGCAGGCAGAGCC